GCCUAAAUUAAUUUUUUCCGGGUCACCACUCCCUGCUACAAGGACAAGGCGCCCGUGAGACAUAUCCUACCCUCCUCUGCCAGUUCUCCCGCAGGCAGCUGCACGUGCCUCCGUGCCGGUCCGAGACAGGCGACGAAACGAACACCCGGGCGAGGCCCCACGGCGCGUCAAUCUUGGGGAGGUGACUUCCCGGACUCCGCCCGCGCCCGGCGCACGCACGCAUGCGCACUGCAGUCAGCAUGAGGGUCGCGGCUCUGAUCAGUGGUGGGAAGGACAGCUGUUAUAAUAUGGUACAGUGCGUUGCUGCUGGGCAUCAGAUUGUUGCUUUAGCGAAUUUAAGACCAGCUGAUAACCAAGUGGGGUCUGAUGAGCUGGAUAGCUACAUGUAUCAGACAGUGGGUCAUCAAGCCAUCGACUUGUAUGCAGAGGCAAUGGCUCUACCCCUCUAUCGCCGGUCCAUAAGAGGAAGAAGUUUGGACACAGGACUGGUGUACACCAAAUGUGAAGGAGAUGAGGUUGAAGAUCUUUAUGAGCUUUUGAAACUUGUUAAGGAAAAAGAAGACGUAGAAGGAGUAUCAGUAGGUGCCAUACUUUCUGAUUAUCAACGUGCCCGAGUAGAAAAUGUGUGUGAAAGGCUUGAUCUCCAGCCUCUGGCUUACCUUUGGCAGAGAAACCAGGAAGAAUUGCUCCGAGAGAUGAUAGCAUCUAACAUUCAAGCAGUAAUCAUCAAAGUCGCUGCUUUUGGUUUAGAUCCAGAUAAGCAUCUUGGAAAAACCAUAGAACAAAUGGAACCUGUUCUCUUAGAGCUUUCUAAAAAGUAUGGAGUCCAUGUUUGUGGAGAAGGAGGAGAGUAUGAAACAUUCACUUUGGAUUGCCCUCUGUUUAAGAAGAAAAUAAUUGUGGAUUCAUCAGAAGUCGUCACACAUUCUGCUGAUGCAUUUGCACCUGUGGCUUACCUACGCUUUUUAGAACUGCACUUGGAAGACAAGGUGUCUCCAGUGCCUGAUAAUUACAGAACAUCUAAUUGUAUAUAUAAUUCUUGAAAAAUAUUUUUUAAAACUGAUAAGCUACCAUUUUUAUAUGAAAACCACAAAUACCUUUUUAAUUUUGUCAGUUAUUACAAUCAGUUUUUUCUCAUUACUUUUUAUUUGUAUCUUAGAAAAAAUAUACCAUUAUCAAAAAAUUUGAUGAAACCAUUAAUUUUUUUGGAAAAGUGUCUAUGACUUGUUUGUAAUUUUUACAAAAUUCCUGGAGAUUCGCGUUCUCUUUUGUUAACACAUACUCCUUAUAACCUGUGUGAGUUACGUACCUCCUUUUGUCCUUUUUACUUUACUUCCAACUCUCAUUUCUACAACAAAAAUGUCUUUUCUUUCAUCACGGUGAUUUUCUCUCCUUUUCUGUUUCUAUAUCUCUCUGUUGUGUGCUCACUUGGUUCUAUUCGUACAGAAGUUUUUGAAAACUAAGUUGAAAAGGUAACCUCAAUAUUCAGCCAAUCGAUGAGUUUAUUCCAUCAAAUGUCACCAAAGUGUUUUCUCAUCGUAGUUUUAUAUUUUUUUUUACUUCUAAGAUAAGGUAAUUUUAAUUUACAUUAUAUUCAAAGGCUUAUUCCUCAGCUUAAUAAAUUGUUCAGUAAAUAAAAAGUGAAAAACCAUAGUUCAGCAGGAAUAUAAACAAGGGCCAUAAAGUUAUCAAAAUAAGUAAAUCAAUUUUGCUCAUACGAAGUAUGAGUUUUUAAGUAGCCACAAAUCAUUAAAACUAUAGUGAUAUGUCAUCCCUAAUUAUUUUUUUGACAAAUACUUAAUGUUUGACAAAACAUUAUACUUAAA